UUAACAAAUACUAUCAUCAAUUAUGAAUUGAAAUUCCCAGGUUUACCCUGACACAAUCCCUUGUUUGGUCAUCGCUGAAUUCGGAGAUGCUCAGUCCUUGUAUGCGAUUGAACAAGAAUGGCCUCAAGAACCCAGUCACAACAAUAUGUACUGCUCUCUGGAAGAUCAGUAUUGCCUGUGCGAGUUAUUUACUAAAAGAAAAGCUUUUGAGCCAGUUCUCCCUCCUCUGAACAAAAUUAGCUCAUCCAUUCAUGCAGAGGUGAAAGAAGAGGAGCAUGAAUUAAACGAGCAAUCUGAGUUUGAGUCUAUCCCAAAAGACUCUAAUGGAAACCCUCUGUACUCUAUCAGAAGCAUGAAGAGGAUUAUGAUGAAGACUCAAGCUAGAUUCCAUUUCUCUUGCAGAGUCAAUGGGUGCAAAAGAACCUUCAACAAUCUUAGUGAAAUGGAAGACCAUCUGGAAAACCACACUAAGAUCCGGCCUUACGCAUGCCCACUAUGUUCAAAGAGCUACACUCAGAGAGGAAACAUGAUUAAACAUCGUAGAAGUCAUACAAAUCCAAGCAUUGACAGCAGAAAGAGGUUUGUGUGUGAAUUCUGCCAGAAAGGUUACACUGAGAAGUACAACUUAAAGACUCAUCAGAAGAAGUUCCACCCUGAAGAAUACACAGCCAGACUGAGACAAGAAUCUCAUAAUAAUUUGUUCUAAAUUCUUCUCCAAAA